UGAUCGUUUCUUGGCAGAAAAUCGGGAAGCUGACGUCGAAGAGAAACCAAAUUCGCAAGGUGAACUUCAGUCAGCGUCUUCCGGAGAAUUGUCGCAAAACAAUACUGCUCCUCCGAUUAAUUUUGCAAAAGAUGAACCAGAGGAGUUAUCCACUUCACUGAAUAACACGAGAAUUUCAGACAAAGAUCCGAUGGUUGGAAUUGAAGUCCAGAAAAGUGACCACCCCAAAGAAACGCCUGGAAAAGUGAAUGAUAUAAACGAAACCAAAAACGAUAUCCAAGAACCUGUUCAGCAUGACACUGAAAUUCAUGAGAACUCGAGUGAGUGCCUUCCAGAAAUACAGGAAGAGGCGCACGUUUCCGAAAAAGGCGACACCGCAAUCAGACACACUACUGUCACUGACGAAAUAGUUGAUGAAUCUACUCAAAACCAACAAUCAAUUACCGAAUCUGAAAAUAAAGUUGAAACA